AGGUUAUUCGGGGAAACUGAGAAUCCAAACAGACCUGGCGAAGAAUCGCAGGCUGCUUGAUUUAACAAAUGGUACAAGAAUUCCAUGUUUGGUUUACCGAGGAAGAAGAAGAAGGAUAUGAAGCGGAAGAAGGACGACCAAGGGCAGCGAAAUGUUGAAGAAAAAACUGCACUCUUGGAUGAAACCAGAGGAGCGAAACAUUCGAGUUUAUGGAAAGUGACUUUGACGGUAGAAGUUUGAGCCCAUGUUCUUUCUUUCUCUGUUUAAUACUCUUUGUAGAAUUUGAGUUGGCUCUACGAGUAUCAGCGUGUUUCAAUAAAGAACCUUUUCGACAUGAUGAUGAGCAAUCACUCAAUUGACCUGGACUUUCGACAUUUAACUUUGUAACAGUGCUACUAGAAUCAAAGCUAAGUCGCUCACUCAACUCGUUCGGGGAAACACUUAAAUCGCACGAAGGUGUGGAAGUUGACGAUUUAACAGAUUGGUUCAAGGUAUGUCCUAGGAUUCUAUGGAAGGAAGAUUCAAAUUCACUAAAGGUCAAACUACCAAAAUCUAAAGAGUCAUUUUCCGUAGAGAGAGACGAGUCGCUUGACCAGGAGAACCGACUUGGUAAUUCAGAUAUAGACACCGCAGGCAUUGCAGAAGAAAAUGGUCAAUUCAACGAGGCCCAUUUUGCUUAAAUAAAUUCAUAUUUCAGGUGCCAACAAAGAAACUCUUUUGGGUUAUUUAUGCUUUCUUCCUACUGCUUAGCAUGACUUUCCUUUUUCGGUCUCCUAUGCAUACAUAAUCAGCCAUCCUUCAUCCACUUUGGGUUUGAGACUCCACUUCCCAAGGCUAUAUAACCCCCACUAAGGAUAGCAUUGCCCACCACAUAAGACAAAGUGGGAUUUAGGGAUGCAAUCUUUAGGCUGUCCUUAAGACAAUGGCAUUGCUACUGACUUCCUUACUCAGAGUGGUGCAACUCGUUGAAGCGACAAAAUGCUGCUCAUGAUACCUGUUCUGAAGGAGUAUAAUUACUAACUUCUCUCAUCAACGAAUUGUUCCUUUUCACCUGAAUCGAGAGACGAACGAAGGUCUUUUACCUCAUACAGAAAGCAUUAAUAAAAAAAAUUCUGUAGGAUUUUGGAAUGGAAGAUGAUUUGAAACGCUUCUGUUUUGUCUCGGGGUUCGAUAAUGAGCAUGACAAAGUCAUUGUGAUUGUAACAGCAUUCCUACAACCCCUUUUAGACUCGGGUGCAGCAGGAAUUAUUGAAAAAUUGUAUCAUAGAACGCAUGAACUCGUUUCCGCCGACGAAAAUUACACUGCCGUCUUUUUUGCCCAUGAAAGCAAUAUCCUUCCUUACCUGAGUUUUUGUGUAAAAGCAUAUAUGCAUAUGGACUAUUAUUUACACAAACACGCAAAGGCUGUUUAUGUGGUUCAUUCAGAUUGGUUGUCUCGUGUAGCUAUCCGUACACUGCUAAGUUUUGUAAGCCCCAAGUUUUACCAAAAAUUCCGCUAUAUUUCUUCGCUUUCUCAUCUCGCAAAAUAUCUUCCUUUUCGGCAAUUGAAGUUACCAGUGGUAGUAUUUGAAUUCGAUCGGACAGUCGAGCCGCGGAUUUCAUUAGAAGCAAGCGUCCCGCAGGAUUCUUUUCGGACAAAUACUUCUUCUUUUUCUUUUAGUACCCCCAUUCAAAAUUGGUCUCGUCCUCCGGAUGCUUUCAUAGACGCAUGUCGUGUAAUUCGAAAGUAUUUAGACGUGCAAGGAUUGUUUCGUCGUUCAUGUUCAAAAAAACACCUGGAUAUUCUCAUUGAGCUUUACGAGAAUCAUUGCACAGUGGAUCUUGAGAGCUUCGGACCCUUUUCUGCUUGUGCAUUAAUUAAGCACAUCUUUCGUUCGACAAGCAUACCUCUGUUUUCCAGUGAGUUCAUAGAAAACUUAUCGAAAUCCCAAGAUAUGUAUCUUCAAGAAACGAAUGAUUCUCUUGCGUCCUUGCAAGAUUAUGUCCAAGAAAACUUGAAUGAGAAUUCACAAAGGGCUGCUAGAUUUAUUUUCUCGCUCUUAUCCGAAGUAAAUCAGCAUCAAGACAAAAAUUUGAUGGACUCUCAAAACCUGGUGAUUUGCGUUGGGCCAUCCUUUCUUCAGUCAAACGAUAUAACAUCCUUGCUAGUCAUGAAAGAAAAAGGAUCCAAUCCUUAUUUCCGGUUUUUACAACAAUCUAUCGCUCACUGGAAGGAUUUGUUUAUAGUCUCAGAGAAUUGGGACGUAUACUGUUAAUAUUGAACGUUAGAUUCUUUCUUUUACUAACAUAUUCAUACUAUUUAUUUUAUUUUAUUUUAAAGUUUAAUUUGUUUUGUUAUGAAAAACGUGAUUUUAAUAUAUUUACAAUUUUACAAUCAUAGACAAAAGCGAAA